ACAUCCGCCCUUCUCCCAAAAUUUCCCAAAAAGCAAGAUAGUGAAAAAACAAAAAUGGUUCAAAAUAUCUAAAGUCCUAGCCCAAUUUUUGCAAUUAUCAAUCCAAUUCACACCAGCCGUUUCCUCCCUAGCUCUCCACAUUCUCUCUUUCCGCGGCUUCACCUUGCUGAUUAUUAUAGCUUCAGUUUAAUUGAAACUGUACAUAUUAAGGGUUCCAGAAUUAGCAUCUGGUUCGAUUUUGCACGUCAAGAUCGGCCAAACCUCCUUCAAUUUCAUCAAUACGAUAUUUGUCUAAUGGAGUCUUCAGAAGAGACAGGCUGCCAAGCUCCGGAAGGUCCAAUUCUUUGCAUUAACAAUUGUGGGUUUUUUGGUAGUGCAGCAACCAUGAACAUGUGUUCAAAGUGCCACAAGGAGAUGAUCUUGAAGCAGGAUCAAGCCAAACUUGCUGCUUCAUCGAUUGAGAACAUCGUCAAUGGCAGUUCAAGUAGUAAAGAGAAAGAGCCUGUUGUUACUGGCGCUUUGGCUGUACAAGCUGUGUCAGCGGACUUUGAAGUUGUUUCGACUCAGGCAUCCCCUGAGAUUUUAGUGGGGCAGGGCUCAGAAGCGAAGGUAAAAGAGGGCCCAAACAGGUGCAGCACUUGCCGCAAACGUGUGGGUUUAACUGGUUUUAACUGCAGAUGUGGAAAUCUUUUCUGUGCCGUGCAUCGUUAUUCUGAUAAGCAUGAGUGUCCAUUUGACUAUCGCGCUGCUGCUCAGGAUGCAAUAGCUAAAGCUAAUCCUGUUGUCAAAGCAGAAAAGCUUGAUAAGAUCUAGAAGCCAGGGCUGAAGUAUUAUAAAGUAUGCAGCUUUUUCUCAAUGAAUUUGCUAUUUGUUAUAAGUUGACCACUUGUCUGAUUGUGUCUGCUGUAGCAAUGCUCAACGUGUAAGGCAUAAGGAUUUGGACAUCUUUGCUGUCUGGUGAACUUUGGAAGUCCUCUACAACUGGCUACGAUUGCUUGGGUUGCUUCAGUAUCUUAGUUCUUUGUGCUGGCUUGGUGAUGUCUUUGUGCAAUGUGCAUUUGUCCUCCUGGUUAUUUUCCAUUUGUGUCAUCGUAAAGCAACUGCGUCAUGGCUCGAGAAAACUUUUUUUUUUUUUUUUUUUGGUGGGGGGCGGGGGUGGGUAUUUCUAAGAGAUAAGGAGGGAAAAUUGAAAAAAGAAACUAUUCAUCUGCUGUAUGUUUCUAUGUAUUGGGAUGAGUUAAUCCCAGACAUAAUACUAGAUGUGUAUAGAUGUUUGUCCUUGCUAUAAAAGGAAGAAUGAUCGAGCUUUUUGGAUAACCAUUUUCUAUGUCUCAGCAACCUUUACUUACCUCGUUUUCAUUUUUUUGUUUCUUCUGAGAUGGAUACAGGAGAUGAUGUUUGGAAUGGAUUCUCUAUUGCAUCUAACUUGGAUUACGUUUUGUCAGAAGCUAGUCUUUCUUUAUCGCUUCUUGUGAGAUGGAUAGAAGAAAUAUGUGCAAUGGAUUAUCUGUUCCAUCUAACUUGGAUUACAUUUUUUCAGAAGCUAGUAUUUCUUUGUC